AUGGCUGCAAGUUUUCUCCAGAAACAAUUGUUAUUUUCUCUACUCUUGAUUUUGGUAGUUUGGGAAGCCGCGGUAGCUAGCCGUGAUCUCCAAGACAUGUCUGUAUACGAAAAACACGAGCAAUGGAUGGCAAAACAUGGUAAGAUUUAUAAGGAUGUCGCGGAGAAAGAAAGGCGGUUUGUGAUAUUCAAGCAGAAUAUUGAGUUCAUAGAAUCUUUUAAUAAGGCUGGAGACGAGUCUUACAAGCUAGACAUCAAUGAAUUCGCUGAUCAAACCAACGACGAAUUCAGGGCUUGGCGUAACGGAUACAAGAGGUAUGUUCAUCGGAGAUCGACACCAUUUAAGUAUGAGAAUGUGACUGGUGUUCCAUCAAGCAUGGAUUGGAGGAAAAAAGGAGCUGUUACUCCCAUAAAGGACCAAGCUCAAUGUGGUAGUUGUUGGGCAUUCUCGGCUGUAGCAGCCACAGAAGGGAUUACCAAAUUGACUACAGGGAAGUUGAUCUCGUUAUCAGAACAAGAGCUUGUAGAUUGUGACACGCAAGGCGUGGAUCAGGGUUGCGAGGGAGGACUAAUGGAAGACGCUUUUGCCUUCAUAGAGAAGCAUGGUUUAACAAGUGAAGCUAACUAUGGCUACCAAGGUUCUGAUGGAAAAUGUGACAAGAAAAAGGAAGCUUCUCCUGUUUCCAAGAUUUCAGGUUAUCAACUCGUCCCUGCUAACGACGAGGAUGCCUUGUUACAGGCCGUGGCGAAGCAGCCUGUAUCAGUCUCUAUUGAUGCGGGAGGAUAUGCAUUCCAAUUUUAUUCAACUGGUGUUUUUACAGGAGAUUGUGGAACCGAUCUUGAUCAUGGAGUAGCAGCUGUUGGUUACGGCAGUACUCGAAAUGGAACGAAUUAUUGGAUCGUCAAGAACUCGUGGGGAACAGGAUGGGGCGAGAAAGGUUACAUAAGGAUGCAGCGUGGAAUAGUUGCUAAGGAAGGUCUCUGUGGCAUCGCCAUGGAUGCCUCUUAUCCUACAGCCUAA